AUGGCACCCCGCUUCUUUCCCUUCACUAUCGCUCUCCGAUCACAGACGAGAUCAAAAUCUCGGCAGCUCUCUUCUGCCGACAUUAGCAGCCUCGACGACAAUCUGGUCUUGGCAAUCCUAACCCGGCUCCCAAACCCUAGAUCCGUCUUCCGCUGCAAAUCCGUCUGCAAGCGGUGGAAUUCCCUCAUCUCCGCUCCCUACUUCCUCCCCAAUUUCCUCCGCCACAUAGCAGCUCACGGCAGCGAUGACGAAUUCCCCCUCCUCUUUCCGCAAUCCCACCGGGAAACCAUGGGGCUCCUCCCCAUCACAGAAGACUACCGCGAUCACUUCCGCGUCCUGGCAUCCUGCGAUGACCUGAUCCUCUGCGGACUGACAACGAAGUGGCAUGAGAGUGCCGGGAGUUGGCUCUUCGUCUGCAACCCUUUCACAAACCAAUGGGUGAACCUCCCAGUGGCCUCAAUUGAAGAUCGAGAAGAAGUGCUCCAGCGCCAGAGGAUCAUGGUGGGUUUUGUCUGCCAGCCCUGCUACACCUACUGCGGCUUCAAAGAUCGGGUAUUGAUCGAUUCCCAGUUCAAGUUCAGGGUAGUUCUCUUGUACGUAGUCGAAGGUACUUACUCGUGUGAGGUGUUCUGUUCCGAAUCGGGACAGUGGGUUGAACGGUUUGACACUAUCCAAGAAGGGAUUGAGCAUUUUGUAACCUCUCAGAAUCAUAUCACCUUGCCUUCCUUGAACGGGAAGAUCUACUGGAAGGCCAUUGAUUCGCAUCAAUUGGUUGGUUACGAUCCAUUUGACAUCGAUGGAGUACCGGAAUUCAUCGAUUACUCUGGGUUGCUGAAUUCACAUCCCACACAAUUGGUCUGUGGAGUCGACAUUGGGGUUUCCAAGGGCUCUCUGCAUCUGAUUGUGGCAGAGCACACCGUCGAUGAUGCUAGUUGCGUAGAUGGUUUGAGUGUUUGGAGAUUAGGAGAUAAGGGUAAUUGGGAGAUGAAGAAUCGAAUGUUGUUGAAAUCGAUGUGGGGGAGAUUCAAGUUACAAAAGAAUAGUAGGGGAGGAUUGAUGAGUAGUCUGGAGGUAAAGGGGACAUUGGGUAUGCACCCAUCCAAGCCCGAGAUAGUCUACUUAGCUUAUGCCAAUUUCGGUGCUUGUUAUGCUGUGUCCUGCAACUUGAACAGUGGAGAGCUCGAGCUUUGUGGCGAUUCGCCCAUAGAAUCGAGGUUCUGUUGGAAUGUUUUCCAGCCGGGGGUCACUUUCUGGCCUACUCCGGUCCCGGUUCCAACUUAUGACCGUGUGGAGUUUUCUAACGAUGAUGGUACAGGUAGUCAUGUUGUGGCUCAUAGCAGCAUGGUUGAACCACUAGUUCCACCACCAUCGAAGAAGAGCGGCCAGAGGAGAUGGAUGAGCUUUAGUUGGAUGCGUAUGAUGAUCUUCUUGAAGGUGAUGAUAAGAGGGCGAUGGCGUUUCUGGAAUUGGGGAUGGGAGACUAAUAAGGAAGAAGUGGCUGCUUAG